GCCCCCGUUCCAUGCGAUCAUGCUCCCGUUGCCUGGAGUUACAAAAGCUGUCGGUGUCGGUGUCCAUGACGCGGAGGAUACGGAAACAAGUCUAACCACGGCGAGGCGACAGACAGCACCCUACCGGCAACUGGGACUUGGCUGGUUCUUGAGCUGCUCGGAGGAUCAUGUCAGCCUCGGCUGUUUUCGUUCUCGACCUCAAGGGGAAGGUUCUAAUAUGCAGAAACUACAAGGGUGAUGUAGACAUGAAUGAAAUUGACUACUUCCUACCAAUGUUGAUGCAGAAGGAGGAUGAGGGGAUGAGUUCCCCGUUCCUCACCCACGGACAUGUUCAUUUCCUCUGGAUAAGGCACAACAACUUGUAUUUGGUAGCAGUGACAAAGAAAAAUGCAAACGCAGUGCUAGUUUUUGCAUUUUUAUAUAAAAUUAUUCAGGUUUUCACAGAAUAUUUUAAAGAGGUGGAGGAAGAAAGUAUUCGCGAUAACUUUGUUAUUGUCUAUGAACUUUUGGAUGAGUUGAUGGAUUUUGGAUUCCCACAAACGACUGAUAGUAAGAUUCUCCAAGAGUACAUCAUCCAGCAGGGGCACAAGUUGGAAGUUGGAGCACCCCGUCCCCCUGCUACUCUCACAAAUGCGGUGUCCUGGAGAUCAGAGGGCAUCAAAUACAGGAAGAAUGAAGUAUUCAUUGACUUGAUCGAAUCUGUCAACUUACUGGUGAGUGCGAAUGGCAGUGUCCUGAAAAGUGACAUCAUUGGAAAUGUAAAGCUGAAGGUCAUUCUGUCAGGAAUGCCUGAACUACGACUUGGUCUUAACGAUAAAGUUCUGUUUGAGAUCUCCGGACGGGACAAGACUAAAUCUGUGGAACUGGAAGAUGUAAAGUUUCAUCAGUGUGUGCGCUUAUCCCGUUUUGAAAAUGAUCGAACCAUAUCUUUCAUCCCCCCAGAUGGGGAGUUUGAACUCAUGUCUUAUCGGCUGUACACUCAGAUAAAGCCCUUGAUCUGGAUUGAGUCAGUGAUUGAGAAAUACUCCCACAGUCGAGUGGAAAUUAUGAUUAAGGCUAAGAGUCAAUUUAAACACCGUUCUACAGCAAACAAUGUUGAGAUUUUAGUACCAGUUCCCAGUGAUGCUGAUUCACCAAAAUUCAAGACAAGUACAGGCACUGCAAAAUGGGUACCAGAAAAAAAUGCUGUCCUUUGGUCAAUCAAGUCUUUUCCUGGUGGUAAGGAGUACUUGAUGCGGGCUCACUUUGGCCUCCCAAGUGUGGAGAGUGAGGAACAGGAAGGGAAGCCACCAAUCACUGUUAAAUUUGAAAUUCCGUAUUUCACUGUCUCGGGGAUUCAGGUACGCUACCUGAAAAUCAUUGAGAAGAGCGGCUAUCAAGCUCUGCCCUGGGUUCGGUACAUUACCCAAAGUGGAGAUUAUCAAUUACGCACAAAUCAAUAGGAGCACUGCUGUCCAGUGGAAUUUUCCAAGAAUGCAAUUUGUGAAUGAUGUUCUGAAAAAGGAAAGAAUCUUAAAUCUUGACUCCUCAAGACAUCAAGCUUAUCGAUUACAGAUUCUACAGAGAGAAAAUUCAAAACACAGUUCCUAUCAGAAAAGUUAGAAAAAUGUGACUGUGACUUUGACUUCCGUCUUGCUUCUGGAUACAUAUUAGGUUAUUAUUUCAUUAUUAUUCUUUCGCUGUUAGUUGGAAACAAUCAGGUCAGUGUUGCUGGGCAGGUUAAUUGCUGCUCCCUGCUGGACUUUCUGCUGUAGAGUUUUAUCUUCUGAUGCUACUAACGCGGAAGACCUUGUAAUUUCAACAUUUUUACUGAGUUUCUGUGGAGAAAGGUCUGAUUUCUAAGGGCAUAAUAACAUAAAAACUAAGAGUAGGAGCAAGCAAUUGAGGCUGCUCCACCAUUUGAUAUGAUCAUGGCUGAGCCCAUUUCAGCCUUUUAACCUGUUACUCAUUAAAAGUCUACCUCCUGACAUCCACCACACUCUGGAAUAGCGAAUUCCAUUGAUUCAGAACCCUUUGAGAGAAGUAAUUCUUCCUCAUCACUGU